GUUUCCUAAUUUUGGAAAGCACUCCUUCCCACCAUCGGUCCAUGAGAGAGAGGAGGAGGAGGAGGUCGGGUGACGCGCGUGGGGGUCUCCUGCAUGCUCUCAGCUGAGACGCGCCGUGCUCCCCUUGGCGCGCGAUGGCUCGGCGACGGCGCCCCCUGCCGCCGCAGCCGCAGCUCGUCGGGUUGGCCGUCCUCCUCUCCGUGGCGGUGUCUGCGGCGGCCAAGACCGACCAGCCUGACGUUGCGGCGCUUAAUGUGAUGUUCAAUAGCAUGAACAAGCCAUCUCAAUUGUCCGGUUGGAAAUCGAGCGGCGGCGAUCCCUGUGGCGACGACGAGGAGUGGAAGGGAAUAGAAUGCAGCGGCAAGUUUGUGACAGAAAUUAACUUGUCGGGGCUUGGACUAAGCGGCACGCUAGGCUAUCAGCUAUCAAGCUUGAAAUCAGUAACCAAAUUCGAUGCGAGCAAUAACAAUCUCAACGGCGAUAUUCCGUACCAGCUUCCACCAAACAUGGUUCAAUUAAAUCUUUAUGGAAAUUCUUUUACUGGAGGAGUUCCUUAUUCAAUAUCUCAGAUGGAAGAUCUGGAAACACUAAAUUUAGGCAAGAAUCACCUAAAUGGGCAGUUGACAGAUAUGUUUUCGCAGCUUCCAAAGUUAUCAACACUGGAUAUCUCCUUCAACCGCUUCUCAGGUAGCCUGCCCCAGAGUUUUCAGCACCUAAGAAACCUCAAGACACUGAAUGUGGAGAGCAACCAAUUCAGUGGUCAUAUAGAUGUUCUGGCCAAACUUCCACUUGAGGACCUGAAUCUGCAGAACAACAAGUUUACCGGGUGGAUCCCAAGUAAAUUAAAAGACAUCAACAAUCUACAGAUUGGAGGGAACCAGUGGUCGUCCGGAUCAGCUCCCCCAGGCAUGGAGAAGGGCUCUGCACAGGGAGCCUCUUCAGGUGGAGGGAGUAGCAGUGGAAUAAAUGGUUUCGCUAUUGGAGCAAUAGUGAUAGCGGUGCUUCUUGCAGCUCUGAUUCUCUUGUCUGUGUUGAAGAAAAACCAUUCCUCUGACUCAUCUCAUUACCUUAUGGACGAGUCAAGUCACAACAGAUCAUUUGCCCCGCUAGUUGAUGACGGCAGAGUUCAUAAGGAAUCUUCAGCGGUCAGCAUGAAGCCACUGGAGCUUUCUUCGUCACUAAGCAGUAGAACACCAUCUGCAGUGCCUCGCAAGUCGAUUAGUGACAAUGAGUUCGAGAACAAACUAAACCUUUCGAGGCGGAGCACAGAUCCAAUCAACCUUGUGACUUAUUCAUCAUCAGACCUGCAAGCAGCCACUGGCAACUUCCAUAAUAGCAGGCUACUAGGUCAGGGGACAAUCGGUGGCGUUUACAAGGCAAAAUAUACCGAUGGAACGGUGCUGGUCGUUAAGAAGUUUGAUCCUUUGAGCUUCUCAGGAAGCAGUGACUUCGUGGAUCUCGUGAACAGCAUUUCCAAACUGCGCCAUCCAAACAUCUCUGAGCUUGUUGGUUACAGCUCAGAGCCUGGGCACUACAUGCUGGUCUAUAAUUACCAUAUGAAUGGAUCCCUCUACGACUUCCUGCACUUGUCUGACGAUUACAGCAAGCCACUGACCUGGGACACCCGAGUGCGGAUUGCUAUUGGUACUGCUAGUGCUCUGGAGUACCUACAUGACGCCUGUUCACCACCAGUGAUCCACAAGAACAUAAAGGCAUCCAAUGUGUUGCUUGAUGCUGACCUCAACCCUCACCUGACCGACUGUGGCCUUGCAUACUUCUAUGAGGAUACAAGUGAGAGCCUGGGACCAGGGUACAAUCCUCCAGAGUGCACAGGGUCAUCAGGCUAUGUUAUGAAGAGUGAUGUCUACUGCUUCGGUGUCGUCAUGCUUCAACUAUUGACCGGUCGGAAGCCCUACGAUAGCUCAAAGCCUAGAGCGGAGCAGUCCUUGGUCCAUUUUGUCUCUCCACAGCUUCAUGACAGCGACGCCUUGGGAGCUCUGGCAGAUCCUGCACUGCGUGGCCUGUAUCCACCGAAAGCACUGUCCCGCUUCGCAGAUGUCCUCGCUCGCUGCGUUCAGUCGGAUCCAGAAUCUCGGCCAUUCAUAUCAGAGGUGGUGCAAUCACUCCUCCAAUGCGUCCAACGUACCACCAGCAGCAGGAGGAUGGGCGGCCUCCACAGCAUCUCACAGCGAAGUGAUGACUCAGAUUGGUGAUGCUUCUGCCUCUGCGUCCAUCUUGUUGCCAUCCUGUUGCUGAAACUCUGAAACAGAACCUAGAUGUGCCGCUCUUGUCAUGCCAUUGUACAAAAGGAAAAGGCUUUACUACACAAUCUGAUUGCUCAAACAGUGUGACAAAAACAAGCUGGUUAAUUUAGAGAAUGUAAAUGAGAGCGCGUGCUCUUGUAGUGAGUAGUGAUAUGGCAAUUGAAUUGAA